AUGGGCACAAAAUUCUGGGAAAAGAUGUCUGGUGCCCAGCUAACCUUCAUGGUGUCUUUGUUCAUCUCGUUUGGUUACUUUUUCGAGGGUUACAAUCAAGGCAACAUGGGCUUCGUCAACACCGCACCCAGCUAUCAGCGUCUCAUGGGCGUUGACAACAAACUGGGGGUGCUCGACCCAACAAAGGAAGGCGGUAUUGUUGCAAUCUACUACAUCGGAGGCAUCAUAGGAGGCUUUUGGGGUGGUCAGGUCGCAGACAAAUAUGGUCGCAUCAAGGCCAUGAUUGUUGGAUGUCUUUGGACUGUUGUCGGAGGAUCACUUAUGACCGCUGCCCAAAAUCUCGCCUAG